AUGGCAGCCCUGAUCGCCGAGAACUUCCGCUUCCUGUCGCUUUUCUUCAAGAGCAAGGACGUGAUGAUCUUCAACGGGCUGGUGGCCCUGGGCACGGUGGGCAGCCAGGAGCUGUUCUCCGUGGUGGCUUUCCACUGCCCUUGCUCGCCGGCCAGAAACUACCUGUACGGGCUGACGGCCAUCGGGGUGCCCGCCCUCGCCCUUUUCAUCAUCGGCGUCAUCCUCAACAACCACACCUGGAACCUGGUUACCGAGUGCCAGUACCGGAGGACCAAGAACUGCUCGGCGGCCCCCACCUUCCUCCUCCUGAGCUCCAUCCUGGGCCGCGCGGCCGUGGCCCCCAUCACCUGGUCCGUCAUCUCCCUGCUGCGCGGGGAGGCCUAUGUCUGUGCUCUCAGCGAGUUCGUGGACCCCUCCUCGCUCACAGCAGGGGGAGAGGGCUUCCCACGGGACCACGCCUUGGAGAUCCUGGCCAGGUUCCCCUGCGGGGAGGGCCCCGCCAACCUGUCCGGCUUCCGGGAGGAGGUCAGUCGCAGGCUCAAGUACGAGUCCCAGCUCUUCGGGUGGCUGCUCAUAGGUGUGGUGGCCGUGCUGGUGUUCCUGACCAAGUGCCUCAAGCACUGCUGCUCGCCGCUCAGCUACCGGCAGGAGGCCUACUGGGCGCAGUACCGCAGCAACGAGGAACAGCUGUUCCAGCGCACCGCCGAGGCGCACUCCCGGGUGCUGGCCGCCAGCAACGUGCGCCGCUUCUUUGGCUUCGUGGCCCUCGACCAGGACGACGAGGAGCUGAUGGCCAAGUUCCCCGUGGAAGGCACGCAGCCGCGGCCGCAGUGGAACGCCAUCACCGGCGUCUACCUGUACCGGGAGAACCAGGGCCUCCCCCUCUACAGCCGCCUGCACAAGUGGGCCCAGGGGCUGCCGGGCAACGGCACGGCCCCGGACAACGUGGAGAUGGCCCUGCUCGUCUCCUGA